AUGGGAUGCCGUCAGAGCUCGGAGGAGAAGGAAGCAGCGCGACGCUCACGGCGAAUCGACCGCCACUUGCGUUCAGAAAGUCAACGGCAGCGGCGUGAGAUCAAGCUUCUGUUGCUGGGAACCAGCAACUCAGGCAAGAGCACCAUAGUCAAGCAGAUGAAGAUCAUCCACAGUGGUGGCUUCAACUUGGAUGCAUGCAAGGAGUACAAGCCCCUCAUUCUGUACAAUGCUAUAGACUCUCUCACCCGCAUUAUCCGGGCCCUCACCACCCUCAAGAUCGACUUUCACAAUGCUGAUCGCGCCUACGAUGCCGUGCAGCUCUUUGCCCUCACAGGGCCAGCUGAGAGCAAGGGAGAGAUUACUUCCGAGUUGCAGGGGGUCAUGAAGCGUCUGUGGGCUGACUCAGGGGUCCAGGAGUGCUUUCAACGAUCCAAUGAGUACCAUUUAGAGGACAACACUGCCUACUAUCUGAAUGACCUGGACCGCAUCUCUGCAACUGAGUUCAUCCCUACUGUUGAGGACAUCCUGCGAUCCCGCGACAUGACCACAGGUAUUGUGGAGAACAAGUUCACCUUCAAGGAGCUCACCUUCAAGAUGGUAGAUGUGGGUGGACAGCGUUCAGAGAGAAAGAAGUGGAUCCACUGUUUCGAGGGCGUGACUGCAAUCAUUUUCUGUGUCGAGCUGAGUGGCUACGACCUCAAACUCUACGAGGACAACCAGACGAGCCGUAUGGCCGAGAGCUUGCGCCUGUUUGACUCCAUCUGCAACAACAACUGGUUCACCAACACGUCGCUCAUCCUCUUCCUCAACAAGAAGGACCUGUUGGCUGAGAAGAUCAAACGCAUUCCUCUGACAGUGUGCUUCCCCGACUACAAAGGUCAAAACACCUAUGAGGAGGCAGCGGUCUAUGUGCAGCGGCAGUUUGAGGACCUCAACCGCAACAAGGAGACCAAGGAGAUCUAUUCGCACUUCACCUGUGCCACUGACACCAGCAACAUCCAGUUUGUGUUCGACGCUGUCACGGACGUGAUCAUCCAGAACAAUCUCAAGUACAUUGGGCUGUGCUAGGACCUGAU